UUUCCCAAAUUCCAUUAAUAUAUUUUUCAAUCAUUUCAUUAUUUUUAAAAUUUUAUUUGUUUAUUUUUUUUUUGGGGGGAAAGAAUUGUUAUCAUAGAAACAAUAAACAAUAAUUUUCUCAAAAAAUGCAAAACCAUAUUUACAGUUACCUGACUUCAGUCUUCAACAAAUUUCCUGUUUGUUUUGAGUUGGUAAGCAACUUUGCUUCUUCCCAUCAACUCCACCUUUUUUACUUCAACAAAAUCAUAUUUUUUCCUUUUUUUUUUUGAGGAUUUUUGUUAUUUUUUGUUAAACCAAACACUACUUUAGCUGGUAAUUCCACAAGUAAAAUGAAAUGCAGAUCUGCCUCUUAUUUUUGCUUCUGUAAGUACAUCAUUUUUCAUGCAAAUAUAUGUUUUUAACAAUUACCAUUUGCUGAAACUAAAUAAAAAUGAGACGUUUGUGCAUACCCUAUAUGAAAAUCCUGGAUCCGCCACUAGAUAGGCAUAAACUUGUUAUCACGGUUGUUUUUCUCUUGUAUGCUUCUUUCUGCAACAACACAUGUUUCAGUCUUUUAAUCUUAGUACUACUGUAAUUUAACUUUGUUUCUUUUUUCCUCUAAAAAUAGCAGGCGUUCUUGCUGUCUGAAUCAGACUGUAAGUACUAUUUUUAAGAGUUUGCUUCACUGAAACACUUCACUUUUGCUAAAUUUUAUUCAGUUACUUUCUUCUUUAAUCCCUUUGAAUUGUCUGCCAUUUUUUUGCUUUUGACUGUUGCCAAUUUUUUCAGUUUACUUGCUGAUUACUCUAAUGACUUCCCUUAAGAUACCAUGUUCUUGAAUUCUUAAUAGACUAAACCCCAUUAUUUCAACUCAAUUCUUCCAUAAACAAGAGAACAUACAUUCAAUUUAGUGAAUUGUGAACGCGUUUUUGUAAGUUUUUAAAAUGAAGCCAGCUCCUCCCCUGGAGGAGUUUGCACUGAAGGAGACUUCUCCAGCGUUAGGUAUGGCAGGGUUAGCAGGGGAUAAGCUAACCUCCACCUAUGAUUUGGUCGAGCAAAUGCAAUAUCUUUAUGUUCGCGUAGUUAAGGCUAAGGAGCUGCCUGGGAAGGAUGUAACAGGCAGUUGUGACCCUUAUGUAGAAGUAAAGCUAGGGAACUAUAAAGGAGCAACUAGGCAUUUUGAGAAAAACACAAAGCCUGAGUGGAACCAAGUGUUUGCUUUCUCGAAGGAACGAAUUCAAUCUUCUAUUGUGGAGAUUGUGGUGAAGGAUAAAGAUUUUGUUAAGGAUGAUUUCAUUGGGAGGGUUAUAUUUGACCUUAAUGAGGUGCCGAAGAGGGCUCCACCUGAUAGUCCUCUUGCUCCUCAGUGGUAUAGGCUUGAGGGUCGAAAAGGUGAUAAGGGAAAAGGGGAGCUCAUGUUGGCUGUUUGGAUGGGGACUCAAGGUGAUGAGGCAUUCCCCGAGGCUUGGCAUUCUGAUGCUGCUUCUGUUGGUGGUGAUGCUGUAGGGAAAAUACGGUCCAAAGUUUACCUUUCGCCAAAGCUUUGGUAUGUGCGGGUUAAUGUCAUUGAAGCACAGGAUUUGGUGCCUAAUGACAAAAGCCGGUUCCCAGAUGUCUAUGUUAAGGCAAUGCUUGGAAAUCAGGGUUUUAAGACUAAACCCAGUCUAGCUAAGACCCUGAACCCUAUGUGGAAUGAGGACUUGUUGUUUGUGGCUGCUGAGCCAUUUGAAGAACCCUUGUUCUUGAGUGUGGAAGAUAGGGUUGGGCCAGGGAAGGACGAAACAUUAGGAAGAUGUGUUAUUCCAUUGCAUACUUUGCAAAGGAGAUUGGACCAUAAGCCGGUGAACACUCAGUGGUACAACCUUGAAAAGCACAUUAUUGUCAAUGGGGAAAAGAAGGAAACUAAGUUUGCUAGCAGGAUUCAUCUGCGGAUCUGUCUGGAUGGCGGUUAUCAUGUGUUGGAUGAAUCUACUCAUUACAGUAGUGAUCUAAGGCCAACUGCCAAGCAAUUGUGGAAGCCGAGCAUUGGAAUCCUGGAGCUCGGGAUUCUAAGUGCUCAUGGACUUAUGCCAAUGAAAAACAAGGAUGGAAGAGGGGCAACUGAUGCCUACUGCGUGGCUAAGUAUGGCCAGAAAUGGGUUCGAACAAGAACCAUCAUUGACAGCUUUCAUCCAAGAUGGAACGAGCAAUACACUUGGGAGGUUUUUGAUCCUUGUACUGUUAUUACAAUCGGGGUGUUUGAUAAUUGCCAUCUACAUGGAAAUAAUGGAACAAGAGAUUCAAGAAUUGGGAAGGUGAGGGUGAGGCUUUCAACCCUUGAAGCUGAUCGAGUUUAUACACACUCAUACCCUCUCAUAGUCUUACAUCCUUCGGGAGUAAAGAAGAUGGGUGAAGUUCAAUUGGCAGUGAGGUUCUCUUGCUCAUCAUGGAUCAACAUGUUGCAUAUGUAUUCUCAUCCACUGCUACCCAAAAUGCAUUAUGUUCAUCCGUUAUCAGUCAUACAGCUCGACAGCUUGAGACACCAGGCUACACAAAUUGUUUCAAUGAGACUCAGUAGGGCAGAACCUCCUUUGAGAAAAGAGGUAGUGGAGUUUAUGUUGGAUGUCGAUUCUCAUAUGUGGAGUAUGCGAAGGAGCAAAGCAAACUUCUUCAGAAUCAUGAAUGUUCUGAGUGGGAUGAUUGCAGUUGGCAGAUGGUUCGAUCAAAUCUGCAACUGGAAAAACCCGAUCACCACUGUUCUUAUUCACAUUCUCUUCAUAAUCCUUAUUGUUUAUCCUGAACUGAUUUUGCCCACUAUGUUUCUCUAUCUAUUCUUAAUUGGCAUUUGGAACUACCGAUGGAGGCCUAGGCACCCGCCUCAUAUGGAUACUCGUCUCUCACAUGCUGAUGUGGCGCACCCUGACGAGCUCGAUGAGGAGUUUGACACAUUUCCUACUUCUCGGGGGAAUGAAAUCAUCAGGAUGAGGUAUGAUCGGCUAAGAAGUAUAGCAGGGAGAAUUCAGACCGUUGUGGGGGACUUGGCAACUCAAGGUGAGAGAUUUCAGUCACUGCUCAGCUGGAGAGAUCCAAGAGCUACUGCAUUGUUUGUUACUUUCUGUUUGGUAGCUGCAAUUGUGUUGUAUAUAACUCCUUUCAAAGUGGUCACCCUCUUCUAUGGCAUCUACGUGUUGAGGCACCCUAGAUUCCGGAAGAAGCUUCCAUCAGUUCCGAUCAACUUCUUCAGAAGGCUACCUGCAAGAACUGACAGCAUGCUGUGAGAAAAACUAUAAUUGCACUUUGUUCAUUCAUGUGCAGUCUGAUAUAAUGUGGUUAGUUAAUGUUCAUUUCAAUGGAUUUAUUAGUUUUCCUUUUAAAUUGUCCUAAGGUUUGAUGUUUGAAUGUGAUAAUUUUUAGUAGAAGAUCAUGAUUUCGAAUUAUUUUGACAGUCUUCUGCUGUAUUCACUUAACUAAUCUGAAAAUGUAAUAUUUGACAUGUCUACAUGUAUUAUAUAACUUUCCAAUCAACAUCAUUAAGCAUGAAAUAUAUAACUAUGAUGAAGAU